CUCUCCCCAUCUCUCCUCGGAACAGAAUUUCAGGUUUUCUUUGUCCCUACCCGGUAUCACAAAAAGGGUGCACACUUACUCUCUAAGCUGUUUUUAUUUAUCUGCUAUCAGAAUGGGUGGGAUGUGGGAACUUUCAUAACUUCUACAGACAGUGAAUAAAAUACUUCUGCCAUCAUGCCAACUGUGGUUCUCAUGGAUGUGUCCCUGUCCAUGACAAGACCUGUGUCACUGGAGGGCACUGAGGAGUUUCAGAGGAAGAACCUGGCUGUCCAUGGCUUAACCAUGCUCUUUGAACACAUGGCUACAAAUUACAAGUUAGAGUUCACUGCACUUGUUGCCUUUUCAUCCCUUUGGGAGCUCAUGGUGCCUUUCACGAGGGACUACAACACUUUACAGGAGGCCUUGAACAAUCUGGAGGACUAUGAUAAAACCUGCCUGGAGGCAGCACUGCAGGGAGUCAGUAACGUUGUGCAGCAGGAGUGGGGCUGCACAUGUCCCUGUCAGGUGGUGUUGGUGACUGACGGUUCUCUGGGUAUUGGUCGUGGUUCUCUGCGACACUCCCUGGCCACAAUGAAACAGCGGGGAGAAGACAAAAAAUUUCCUCUUCCCUUCCCUUUUCCCACCAAACUCUACAUUGUGUGUAUUGCCAAUGCAGAAGAGCUCCAAGCCACUGAUGCCAUGGGAAAUUUGGAGCAGCUUCUCAGUUUAAGUGGUGGAGAUGGACAGAUUUUUACUAUGGAUGGACCAUUAUGUCUGAAAAGUGUUCAAGCAAUGUUUGGGAAGUUGAUUGACCAUGCAUACAUGCCUUUCCAUGCCGUGCUGCGCUGUGGGAACCUAGCAUCUGAUGUGCAGGUGUUUCCCAGGCCAGAACCUGUGCUGUUGGAUGAGGAGCUUGACCCGGUACCAAAAGCAGUGCUCACGGACUUGGAGAUUGUGGGUUUUAUUGAGAUUGGUGAUAUCGCCAGCCCUCCAGUCCUGUCCAGACACCUGGUCCUACCCAUAGCUGUUAAAGAGGCAGAUGAAGUGGGAGCAGGGGCUGCUGAUGAAAUGGAAGAGGAGACAUCAACCAAUCAGUUGGCAGGAAAGAGUCCAAAUUUCUGUGUCCUCCUUCAUGGCAGUCUGAAAGUUGAAGGCAUGGUGGCCAUUGUACAGCUGGGGCCUGAUUGGUAUGGAAUGCUCUACUCACAGGCAGACAGUAAGAAAAAGUCAAAUCUGAUGAUGUCGUUAUUUGAGCCUGGCCCAGAGCCUUUACCGUGGCUUGGGAAAAUCUCUCAACUUGGACCCAUUUCAGAUGCACCAGAAAAUCCUUAUGGCGAAGAUGACAGCAAAAGCCCUUUCCCUGUACUUCCCAAAAGCAAACGAAGCUAUGCCCAAAAUGUCACAGUCUGGAUCAAAGCCAGCGGACUGCAGACAGAUGUACAGAAAAUCCUCCGAAAUGCUAGAAAACUUCCAGAGAAAACACAAACCUUCUACAAGGAGCUGAACCGGCUACGUAAAGCUGCUCUAGCAUUUGGUUUCUUGGAUUUGUUAAAAUGUGUAGCUGAGCUGUUGGAAAGGGAGUGCACCUUACUGCCUGACUCUGCACAUCCGGAUGCUGCCUUCCAGCUGUCCCAUGCCGCCCAGCAACUCAAAUUGGCUAGUAGUGGUGAAUCCAAAUACGCAGCUUUCGAUCAUAUAAUCACACCCAUGCUCACUGACUUCUCUGGGGGAGGAAGUGCAAAUGACAGGAUGUAGGCAAAUGACAAUGGCAUAAAAACUGGAACAUGUCAAUGGAACCUGCUUUGCUCCCCAUUGCCUUUUCUGUGGUUAUUCUGACCAUAUUGAUAGUCUAUAUUACAGUACUUUCCAUUCUACAAGUUAAAUCUUAGAAAUAGAAAAGAAGUACUGAAUUUUAUGGCACAGGAACCACUGAUUCAUGGCAUGUCUGUUUUUUUGGACAUAUUCUUGCAAGAAACUUGUUUAUCAAGAACCUAUUUCUCAAUAAGGAUUAUUUUUUUGUGUACAUAGCAUUUUCUACAACAGCCCCAAAAGAAAUAAAAGUGCAUCUUACAUUUGUAA